AUGUCGACACGGCACGCUAGCGGCCACAGUGCUGCCGAUACCUCGAAGGCUAAGUGCAAGGCGCCGAACCUGCAUACAAUGCGGACGCCUGAGGCCCACUACAAUUGCAAAUUCAGUACAGUUAGCCGCACGCGAGCAAACGUGAGAGGUGGCUUACCCGAGGCGACAGGCCAUAGCCACACGGAUGGGAAGAGUUCCGAACGACUACAACCCGACGGAGCGGUGUUACAACCGCCCGGUGAUUAUGAUGUUUACACCCUGGAUAGACUGCACGAAACUCUGGCCACUCUGUUUACCGGAAACUUGCCAACUCAUUUAUGGUUGCUUAAAAUCGACACAAGUCCGGACUCAUUCGGGACAGCUCUUCUGGAUCUGCGUCAUUUACCUUCGUUCACAUGGGCCUUGAAGCAAAGAGAAUUGCAUGGACGGGAGGAAUGGUCGGAAACUUGGAUCCAAGAGCCCACCUGCACAAAAAUCCUUGAAGAAGUACCCCAAAUAUUAAAGAAGCACCUUGAGCUGCAAAACCGAUCAAUGUAUCCUGACAAAAGCAGUUUUCUCAAAGCUUUUCUCUCUGAAGGUGGGUCUGAUUGA